CCCGCUCGGGAAGAGUUGGGGGAGGAGCGCGGCGGCGGCGGCGGCUCUGGAAGAGGCGAAGGAGGCGGCGGAGCUGCUUACCUCUUCUCAGACCCCGGAGCGUCCCGGACACGGAGCCCGGAACUGGGGGGACACGGCGACUGCGGGGACCCGGCGUCGGUUGCAGUACGUAUUUUACCUGUGGUUAAUGAAGCAGGAGAGGACGGGUCUCCAGAAACAGGCGGCUAUCUUGCUUUUGAGUCAGAAUCAUCCUGGAGAGACAUGAAUGUCUGCAAUGAUAUUUCCUGAUAAGAAGAUAAUAGAAAGAAAGGAGAUCACCAGUUAGCAGAAUUUCAAAUAACCAGGAUUUUGUACUUAACACCUCCAACUACAGACUUCUCUUGCCUACCUUUAAAUCAGAGAUAACUACAAUCAGAACCCAGACAAGGCAAAAGAAUACUUUACUUCUGUAUCUUUUGAGAUAAAAGAAACUGCAAUGUCCAGGAAACAAAACCAGAAGGAGGCCCUGUGCAUGAAAAUUCACACACUUGGGUGUGUCCCUCAGCCCAGCCUGCGCCCUCUCGCAGUCCGGGAGCCCUCAGUGGAUGUCUGACUGACAGCUUAGGCCCGCUCCCUGGAGGGGAGGCGACCUGGCAGGCUCAUCAGGGGACGGAGCCAGUUGAUUCAUCAGGAUUCAUUUUCGAUUUGCAGUCCAAUACUGUACUGGCCCAGGGAGGAACUUUUGAAAACAUGAAAGAGAAGAUAAAUGCAGUGCGUGCAAUAGUUCCCAAUAAGAGCAACAAUGAAAUCAUCCUGGUUUUGCAGCACUUUGAUAAUUGUGUGGACAAAACAGUACAAGCAUUUAUGGAAGGUAGUGCCAAUGAAGUACUCAAAGAAUGGACAGUAACAGGCAAGAAAAAGAACAAAAAGAAGAAAAGCAAACCAAAACCUGCAAUCGAAGCAAGUAACAGUAUCCUAGAUUCCAGUAAAUUGGUUUCUAUUCAAGAGGAGCAGUCCACGCCUUCUCCAGAAAAAGGUGAUAUUAAUGGUUACCAUGUUAAUGGUGCCAUCAAUGAUACUGAGUCUGUGGACUCACUCAGUGAAGGUGUGGAGACACUUUCAAUAGAUGCCAGAGAAUUGGAGGAUCCUGAGUCUUCCAUGCCAGAUGUGCUGGACAGAACAGGAUCCAUGCUGGAAAAUGGUGUCUUUGAUUUUGAGUCCAAGUCUUUGACUACGCACCCUACUCAGAAUUCCCAACAAAAUAGGAAUGCUAGCAAAUCUCUCUCAAGACCUCAGUUUUCAAAUUUGGGCAUGGAAGAUGUUCCACUCUCCUCCACCAACAAAAAGCUAGGUUCCAAUAUUGAAAAAUCUGUGAAAGACCUCCAGCGCUGCACAGUGUCUCUUGCACGAUAUCGAGUUGUAGUUAAAGAAGAGAUGGAUGCUUCCAUUAAGAAAAUGAAACAAGCUUUUGCUGAAUUGCAGAGCUGUUUAAUGGACCGAGAAGUGGCAUUGCUGGCUGAAAUGGACAAAGUGAAAGCUGAAGCAAUGGAAAUUUUGCUCAGCCGACAAAAGAAAGCUGAACUUCUAAAGAAGAUGACUGAUGUGGCUGUUCGAAUGUCAGAAGAGCAGUUGGUUGAGCUCAGAGCUGAUAUCAAGCACUUUGUUAGUGAACGUAAAUAUGACGAGGAUCUGGGAAGAGUAGCCCGGUUCACCUGUGACGUGGAGACCCUAAAGAAGAACAUUGAUUCAUUUGGACAAGUGUCCCAUCCAAAGAACAGCUAUUCAACCCGAUCGCGAUGUAGCUCAGUUACAUCUGUGUCCCUGAGUAGCCUGUGUGAUGCCCCUGCUGCUGCUGUUGCUGCUGCUGCUUCCACCUGUGCCUCUGGUCCCAGCCUUACAAGUACUAACAAGAAAAACUCGGCACCAGGAGAGACUCCUGCAGGCAGAGCAGACUCCAGUGGCCGGUCCUAUCAGCCUCAUCGUCAGGUGUUGCCGGGGAACCGACGAGGAGGACAAGGCUACAGGCCGCAAGGCCAAAAGCUCAGUGACCCCACGAACCAAGAACAACAUGACAGUAUGGGUCGUUACAGAAAUAGCUCAUGGUAUUCAUCUGGUUCCAGGUAUCAGAGUUCACAACCCCAGGCACCAGGAAAUGCUAGUGAACGGGGCCAGGCGCUCUCUGCAGGGAACAAUGGAACUGGAGCCAGCAUGGAACCCAGCCCACCUAAGCCCUCAUUCAAAAGGGGCCCACUCCCCCAGCGCAAACCCAGGACCUCUCAUCCUGCAGCUGUGAACUCUUGAGGGAAAUUCCAAUUGGCCUUUCUCCUUUAUCCCACAUAAUUCAACUUGGUAACUGGACUUUAGGAAACUUAUAGUUAGAUUUAAUAACAGAAAGACGUUUUCGCAUAUCAGUUUUUAUACCAUUCUAAAUAUUUCUUUCCUCAUUUCCUCAUUAUUCUUGGAAGGCAAUCUUUUUUUUCCCCUUGACCUUUCCCCGUGAUUUGGAUUCAUUCUGAUUGGUCAUUUCUACCAGGAAUCAUGGGCAAUGAUGGCCAAGUUUCCCAAGAGUAAGCAGUGUUCUUCCCAGGGCACCAGGCCUUUCAGUUGCCCGCAGAGGCCGUCCUCAGCAGCCCCCACGGUCAGGCUCUCAGGAGUGGAUGGGCCGGCGCUAGUCCUACUGCCUUUCCAGUCUAAGAGGAGCCACACAUGCCUGUCAGGUUCCCUCUAAACAACAGUUUCACCAGGAGAGGCACUGAGGGGAUUGUGUACUGCACUGAAUUAGAGAAGUGGAAAAUUUAAUUGGUGAAAAGGAAAAAAAGACUAGGAAAUAUUUAAGAAUCUGCCUCUCACAAAGUGCCUGAGAUUGACACUCAGAUCAGGGUUUCAGUCUCCCACUUGGCAUGAUAGCUUAACCUGCAGUUUCUUCAAAAUAUCCAAAGCUUUGUUUCCUUAAUUUCCUUAGACUGCAAACGUGUCUAGGGAAGUCCAUGGGAAAAUAGCAUUUAUUUAAAGUUAAAAGAGGGGGGAAAGUAUUUCUUUGCUUUAAUGUUUGAAGAUUUUUGUUGUUAUUAUUCUCAUUCUAAAUCGUAUUCUUAUCCUAAAUCAAAUUUAUAGCUAUGUAAUUAGUGUUAAUCUAAGUGUUACUCAUCAAAAAAUUGCCACAGUCAAUCUUUAGAGUUGAGUAAAUAAAAACAACUGCAUAAAUGUUCCCACA